AUGUCGAUAGCUCCUCUCAUCACUUUUAAAGCAGGUAUCUGCGACCUCGAUAGCUCCUCUAGUCCUGCUACUGUGAAGCCCAAGCCUACCCCAGGCUACAUCUACCUCUACUCCGAAGAUGACCUCGUACACUUCUGCUGGCGACCCCGCAGCUCGCCCCUUGACGAGCCCGAGCUUGACCUCGUGAUGAUUCCCUCAGAUGGAAGCUUUACUCCUUACCAGCCCGCCGGAAAGGAUGCCACAAAUGGCCGGAUAUUUGUACUGAAGUUCUCAUCCAGCUCUCAGCGUUAUUUGUUUUGGUUGCAGUCUCAGCCUCAACAUGAGAGUGGUGACCUGAGCUGGUUCAGUCCUCGCGACCGAAAGCUUGGAGAGAUUGUUGAUGUUCUGUUGCAAGGAGAGGAGGUGGAUGUGGAGCAUGAGCUUGCCAGCCUGCCCCGACGACCUUUCAGCGGAGAUGAUGAUGAGACAAUGGAAGAUGUAGAGGGAACAGACCAUGACCCUAGCCAUCACCAUGGCAGCAGCAGUGGCGGUGCCGGUGCCGAUGCGACCGGGGGUGACGUUCGUGAAGAAGGCCAGGAAUCGCGGGAGGGCGGUGCUGAUGGUGGACGAGCUGCUGCCACAGAUUCCGAUCCAUCCUCAGUCGUCCAGGACUUCUUACGGUCUCUGGGUGGCCAGAGACAGUCCUCAUCCCAAGAUCCCGAACGCUCUUCUACAACCCUCCAAGACCUAUUGACUCCUCCGACUACUUUGCCCUUUAUUGAAUCUGCGGAUGAAAUUACUGCCGAUCACCUUCUGAGCUUCUUGCCGCCGGCACUGCUUCUGCUGGCCCAGGGCAAUGCCGAGGCAUCGGAAGCUGACACAGACCCGGAAUUGGCCCAAGCGGCACUUCUUUCUCUUGAUCUCAACCAGAAGAAAGAUAUUCUUCGCAAAGUUCUCCGCUCCCCACAGUUUAUGCAAAGUUUAGCCAGUUUGACGGUAGCUCUUCGGGAUGGUGGAUUACCUAGUAUCAGUGAAGCUCUGCAGAUUCCAGUGGCCAAUGGAGGGUUUAUGCGUCGAGGCGGUGUACCGCUAGGUGGGGGAGAUGCGGUGGAGGCGUUCUUAGAUGGAGUACGACAACAUGUUAAGACCAAGGAUGACACUCAGAUGGAUACGGAUUGA